AUGUACUCCGUAGUUAGUCUUAGGGAAGAUAGUGGGGUGUACGAGUCAGUCUGCCUCCAGAUCAUUGCCCAGAAGCAUGACAUGAAGUUCCUGAGUGGACUACCUUCCAAGGACUUCCAUUACGCUCUCCUCUGGUCACGCGAAUAUGAUAGACCGCGCGAGGGCUUUCCCAGCUGGUCCUGGGCUGGCUGGCAUUCCCUCCAACAAGUUAUAGAUACCUACCCCAAGAAAGGCGACUCAGGGUACAUGACGGAACUAGAGGAUGGGAGCUACGAGCACCGUGGCCCACAAGUAACCGAGCUCGAGCUUGAGGGUUUCUAUAUUUCUCCUAUUGAAUAUCCCCAUAUGUUCAAUCGUUGUUCGCAAGAGUCAGCCCAAGUUCGUGUGGCCGCAUCCACCGACUGCCUGACCUCAGAAUCGGUUCAUUUUCUUAUCGACAUUGUCGCUGAUCGAACCAAGUCACACGAAGAUGACCGUGUGGGUCAGUACCCGUUCGUGCGAUGUAGCUUUGACUCUACCAUCUACUCGGGCGAAUCCUGGGAACCAGAAACCGAAUAUAUAACGCCACAUGACCGUAUUCGUCUACGUGAUUCCUCAGGAAACUCAUACGCCAGCCACAUUCCUCGCUGGGACUCGACAGACACGGUCAACUUACCGCACACGAUUCGUGGAUCGACCUUGACCUGGCUUCUGCGUGACGACAUCGUGCUGAUUAAAAUUGUUGGUGUCAAGCUACUCGAGGGUGCGGAUGGCUUGCAGAAGUUAGACCACAUAUGCUGUCUGGGCAUUGAUCAUAGCCAGAGAAUUCCUGGGCGAGUAACAAGAGUGGGAAAGAUUUGGAUUCCGAGGGAAUCGUGGGAGAAGGCAUGA